AACACUCUGCUUACUUCUCUGUGGUAUCAGCUAAUGAUGAAUCUUGUCUUGCGUGACGGCAAGAUUCAAUAAUUUACAUCGUAAAAAGUGACUCAUUCACAAUGUGAAAGGUAAUGUUAGGGAGGUUUAGUUUUCAUUCUUAAAUCCGAAUAUAUCAUUCGAAUUCUUAAAUCACAGUGCUCUUGAACUUGAACCGUAAUCACAAAGAACUAAUUGGAUGAAAACGUUAUAUGCACAUGUGCUUUACGGUGCUGUGUUGGGAUCAGUUGGCCUUGGUUCCAUGACACGUGACUCCCCUUCCUUUUUAUAUCACUGUGUCCUUCGCUGUCACUCUCUCUCUAGUCUCUUUCUGUUUGGUUGUGACUGUCGAGUGGCCGGUUUGUUCUGUUCUCUGGUGAAUAAACUUUCAAAAGAAACAUGUCAAACAUUGGAAUCAACGGUUUCGGUCGUAUUGGACGUCUGGUCCUUAGGGCUUCCUUGGAGCGUGGAGGCCAGGUUGUUGCCAUCAACGACCCAUUCAUUGGAGUGGACUACAUGGUCUACUUGUUCAAGUAUGACUCGACCCACGGACGCUUCAAGGGUGAUGUGAAAGCCGAAGGAAACUGUUUGGUUGUCAACGGCAACAAGAUCCAGGUGUUCAGCGAGCGAGACCCGAAGGCAAUUCCAUGGGGCAAGGCCGGCGCGCAAUACAUCGUGGAGUCGACCGGGGUGUUCACCACCGUCGAAAAGGCAUCGGCCCAUCUGGAGGGAGGCGCCAAGAAGGUGAUCAUUUCGGCGCCCAGCGCGGACGCACCCAUGUUCGUGUGCGGCGUCAACCUCGACGCCUACGACCCCUCUUACAAGGUCAUCUCCAACGCCUCGUGCACCACCAACUGCCUUGCACCCCUCGCCAAGGUCAUCCACGACAACUUCGAAAUUGUUGAAGGUCUCAUGACCACCGUGCACGCCACCACCGCCACCCAGAAGACUGUCGACGGACCUUCUGGAAAGCUGUGGCGCGACGGACGUGGAGCCCAGCAGAACAUCAUUCCGGCAGCGACCGGCGCCGCCAAGGCCGUCGGCAAGGUGAUUCCCUCGCUGAACGGCAAGCUGACCGGAAUGGCCUUCCGAGUGCCAGUGCCCAAUGUGUCAGUGGUUGACCUGACCGUCAGACUGGGCAAGGACGCGUCCUACGACGACAUCAAGGCCAAGGUGAAGGCCGCCGCCGACGGCCCCCUCAAGGGCAUCCUCGGCUACACCGACGAGGAGGUCGUAUCCUCGGACUUCAUCGGCGACAACCACUCUUCCAUCUUCGACGCGCAGGCCGGUAUCUCUCUCAGCCCCAAGUUCGUCAAGCUCAUCUCAUGGUACGACAAUGAGUUUGGUUACUCAUCCCGUGUCAUCGACCUCAUCAAGUACAUCCAAACCAAGGAUUAAGCGGGCUAUUUGGAGGAACAAGUCACGCCACCUUUUACCAUCAGGCCUUCGACUUUAUAUAAUUAGAAAACAGUCAAUGUAUUCUUCAAGAUUAUGUCUUUGAUGUAACUAACAAAAUUAAAUUCCAGCAAAUGAAAGCACUUUAAAAUGAGAUUAGAAACGGUUGAAUAUAUUACAAAGUAUUGAUUAAUACACCUAGAAGAAUGUUUUUUCCAUAAAAAAUUGUUUGUAAACAAUUUAUUUUGUCUACUUUUAUAAUAUUUAUAUCUGCAAAUGAAACCAUUAUUACUGAAAAUAUGGUUGCACAGUUUCCUUGCUAGUUUCUACUUGGAAAUAAAUGCGUAACUUUAAUAA